AUGGAUGCUAAAGGCUGGGAGCCUCCCAGCCCGAGGAAGCAAACACCCUUCUCGGGAAAUGACAUUGGCUAUGUCCAAAGCUGCGCCUGCUGCCUCUGCCAGCAGCGAGCAUCAGGAACAACCAAGUCCUACUGCCAGCAGGAAGGGAAAGAUCGGAUCAUAUUUGUGACCAAGGAAGACCAUGAAACUCCUAGCAGUGCCGAGCUGGUGGCUGAUGACCCCAAUGAUCCCUGUGAGGAGCACGGGUUGAUGCUGCCUAACGGAGAUAUUAACGGGAAUUGCCCAUGUCUUGGGCAACUGGUCAGCGGCCCUUGUGGGGAGCAGUUCAAGUCUGCCUUUUUCUGUUUCCACUACAGCACAGAGAAUAUCAAGGGAUCAGACUGUAUAGACCAGUUCCGGGCCAUGCAAGAAUGCAUGCAGAAAUAUCAGAACCAUUAUCUCCAAGAUGAGAAUGAGGAAGAGGAGGCAAAGCCAGUGGAUCCGGUGGAGGAGACAGCUGGGGUCUCUGUAGCCAAAGAGCAGGGGUCAAGCUCCUGA